CAAUCAGGAGUGACUCCACUCAUGUCAGUGCUGAUGUACCACAGGGAGAUCAGGUUCAGGCUCAAAUACCCCAAGGACCUGAUUUUAAACAGGUUCUGUCCAGCUACAACUCCAUUUGAUCUCCAGAGGGUGUUGCAAAUGCUCAACUCCUCGGAAAGCUGGGCCUUAGAGCUUUCAUGCACUUCUGAAGAGUGAAUCCUGCUGUCAAGGGAGUAAUUGAAACCCAUUCAGCACAGAGCCCAGUAAUAAAGGAGGAUGAAUUGGGACUGUAAUUUCCAUCUGACACUCAAAUUUAUAUUCUGAGCAGCUUUUCAUCUUCUCCCUGCAUGUGCAGGAUGAAUCUUGUUAAGAUGACAAUAAACCAAGGUUUUACACCAUUCACUGAAGGAAACAGCCCCCGGAGUCGUCAUCAAACUUGAGAAACGCACCUGGCUAGAGCAAGAUGAACAUAAGAGACACAGGCUCAGGACAGGUAUUCAGAAUGAAUCUGGAAAAGCUCAGCAAACCAGAACUACUGACACUAUUUAGUAUUCUUGAAGGAGAACUAGAAGCAAGAGAUCUUGUCAUAGACGCCUUAAAGGCCCAGCACAGAAACACUUUCAUUGAAGAACGCUAUGGAAAGUACAACAUCAGUGACCCAUUAAUGGCUCUGCAGAGAGAUUUUGAGAUGCUGAAGGUGGGAAAUCAUGGCGAAAAGCAACCAGUUUGCUCCAAUCCUUUGUCUAUCCUUAAAGUAGUGAUGAAACAUUGCAAGAAUAUGCAGGAAAGAAUGCUCUCUCAACUAGCUGCUGCAGAAAGCAGGCACAGAAAGGUGAUACUGGAUCUUGAGGAAGAGAGGCAGCGGCAUGCCCAGGACACUGCUGAAGGAGAUGAUGUCACCUACAUGUUGGAGAAGGAGCGGGAGCGGCUGACUCAGCAGCUGGAAUUUGAAAGGACCCAAGUGAAAAAAUUUGAAAAAGAGCAGAAGAAGCUGUCGAGCCAGUUGGAGGAAGAGCGGGCACGCCACAAGCAGCUGUCCUCCAUGCUUGUGCUGGAGUGCAAGAAAGCCACAGCCAAGGUAGUGGAAGAGGGACAGAAGGCAGGGGAGCUGAGCUUGAAACUGGAGAAAGAGAGGAGCAAAGUGAGCAAGCUGGAGGAGGAGCUGGCCUCCAAGAAGAAGCGGGGUUUGCAGAUGGAGGCACAGGUGGAAAAGCAGCUCUCAGAGUUCGAUAUCGAAAGAGAACAGCUGAGAGCCAAGCUGAAUCGAGAAGAGAACCGGACAAAAGCACUCAAGGAAGAGUUGGAGAGCCUGAAGAAAACCCUGAAAGAACUGGAGGUUCCUUGCCAGGGCACCAGCUCUCCUGAGCACUCAGAGCAAAACCCCUCAGCAAUGUCCAGAGCUGUAGCACCCCAGAGCCCACUGGUGAGGUCUGUGUCUUGCCAGACAGAAAGCUCCCAGGCAGACAGACUCAAUCUGGGCAGUGCAGGCAUAACUGCACACAUGGCCUUGCCCAGCCCUGCCACACCUACCCAUCCCUAUGCUAAAGCAAAUGGGCACUGUGACACAGACAUGCAAACAAGUGGUGAGCUAGAGCAGACAGACAUAGAGAACCAGGCACCACUGAGAGAGAAGGCCGUUGGGCCAGUCCCAGAAAGUGCAGUUGAGAAUGGAAGUUCCCCUGUAAGAACAGAAUCUCCUGUGUAUUUGAUCCCACAGCUUCCUUCUGGUGGGACGUCUCUCUCUCCCAGCAGCACAGCUGCCUCAUCUCUGACAUCUUCUCCAUGCUCGUCCCCAGUUCUGACUAAACGUUUGGUAGGAGCUUCAGGAAACAGCCCUGGUUACCAGUCAUCCUAUCAGGUGGGGAUCAACCAACGUUUCCACGCUGCCAGACACAAAUUUCAGUCCCAAGCUGAUCAGGACCAUCAGUCAAGUGGCUUGCAGAGCCCACCGUCAAGGGAUUUGUCUCCUACCCUUGCAGACAACUCCGCUGCGAAACAGUUAGCCCGCAACACAGUCACUCAGGUUCUUUCCAGAUUCACCAGUCAGCAAGGACCUAUAAAGCCAGUCUCUCCGAAUAGUUCGCCCUUUGGCACAGACUAUCGGAAUCUGGCAAACACGGCAAGUCCAAAAAGCGAGUCCAGCCCAGGCAAAGUUUCUAGCCCGCUGAGCCCAUUGUCUCCUGGAAUUAAAUCUCCAACAAUCCCUAGAGCAGAAAGGGGGAACCCUCCACCUAUUCCUCCAAAGAAACCUGGCCUGGCUCAGUCCCCGGCAACUCCUACCCCACUAACCAAAACCCCUUCCCAGCCAUCCUCUGUUGGGGCCACCAUGGACUUGGCAAGUAGCUGCUCUAACAAUGCUGUAGUAGCAAACGGUAAAGACAUUGAGAUACUGUUGCCAACUAAUAGCUAGUCUUUAGAAAAUGUGAAUGUAGCAUUCCAUGGCUUAGCUUCCUAGAGCUAAGAGACACUGUUUUAUCCACUCCAUGUUAUUUAUUUGGGUAGUAGCAGAAUGUAUCUGUAUAAUACAUCUAGUGUACCUUCUUUUUAAAAAAUAGGUAGGAAAUAAUUUGUUGAUGUAUAAACCUUAACUAUAGAGCUGUAAGGUAGCCUCUUAAAGGUGUCUCAUGCCAGCAGUCAAAUGAAACAAGGUGGGAAGAAAAUUGUGCUGGGAGCUGACUAGCAAACUAUAAUGGGGCUGAAGCAUUCAUUUUAAGUUGUACAAAAAUCACUUGUGCAGAUUUUUAUUCCAGAUGAACACUGUAUAAAAAGUGCCUGAACUAAGCCUGACAUGAAGGUGGUUUUCUGUACAAAACAAAAAAAGGGACCAUCUAACAGCAGAAACCACAGCACUCCUGUGAAUCAUGAAUGUUUAAAAACACUUUUUUUAAAUCCUUUCCAGUUGUUCUUAAAUCAAGUUUGUAAACAAACAACAUGCUACAGAAUGAACAUCUUUCAAAAGGUGACGACAGAUUGGCCCCAGUUUUGCCCUUUCAUGUUAGGAUGUAGCUCCUGUUGACAGCUGAGGAGAUGCACAAGUGCGUUAGGGUAGAUUUUGGUCCUACAGUUUAGCUCUGUGAAGCCCAAUCCCCUCUCUUCCACUGGAGUUGUCCAAAAACAGUGAGGGUGCUAGUUUCUUGCAGCUCAUUAAUUUCCCACCUAGUCUCAUUGUAGGUUAAAUUGCUAAAGAUUCAUUCCUGGUGCUUCACCUUUGAUUUUAAACUUCAAGCAAUCUACUGGUAUGUGUAGAACUUGUGAGAUAAGGAUCUUGCUAUUACUUGAAAAGAGAAAUUGCUAGUCAUUCUAUACAGUAAGAUGGGAUCUUUACUAAUAAUCAAAAGCAAUAACUUAAAUUGCUCACUUUGUAACAAUACUGUAUGUCAGACUGCUAAAGGAUCCUGCUAGCCUCAUUGGCUGCAGCUGUGGAACCAAAUUAUUAACAUUUAUAUAGAUAUGCAUAUAUGUAUAGAUAGAUGCACUGAUGUACAUGUUACACACAAUGCAUAUAUAAAUCUUAGUCUGGUUAUGUUAUUGAAGUUCUCCAUAAUUUAUAAAGAAAAAGGUAGAAAUACACUUUUAAGAUUAUAAAACAAGACAGCAGGGUUUUUUUUUUUUAAACUUAGAAAACAAUCUGCCUAACUUUUGGAUGAAGACAUUAAGUUCACUUUGCAACAGAUUCAAUAACUUCUGCCUGUGCUGUGAAGUGAAAGGCAAACUUAUGCUACUCGCAUUCGAAUAGGACAGCAUAAUCUAGUGUGUGAAGAUACUACAGUAAUGGACACUAAAUGUAACAAGAUAAAACAGAGAUGAGGGUUACAGUCUGGAGCCUGGAAUCUAGCCCAAAUGAGCGUGUAUCCCAAAUGCCAAGUGGCACAGAUUGUGUGAGACUGAUCUGAAACUUAGAAAUCAGUUUUGCUGCUUGAUGUCGGGCCAUGUUUAACCAUACUGCCUAUAGCAACAUGGGGCCCACAUCUAGAGAAGAGUUUCCCCACAGUUAUGUGCUGAAUAACUAAACCAGAGGAGCAAGCACCCAACUGAACAAAGCACUUGAUACUUUAUUGUAGGAAAGAUUCCUGCAGUGGUUGGAAGGAUGCACUCUUGUAUAUGCUAAUAGGUCUCUUCCAGCUUCAAGUCUUAAUUUAUAGAACAGAAUUCUUGAACUGCUUUGGUAGAUGGUGUCCUAGACAACCCUUUUCUCUCUCUCUCCCCCUCCCCCCCACACCCACCAGCCUACUGGGUCAGACCAAAGGCCCAUUUAGCCCAAUAUCCUGUGUUCUCACAGGUGCCCCAGAGGGAAUGAAUAGAACAGUUAAUCACCAAGUGAUCAAUUCCCAACUUCUAGCAAACGAGAGGCUAGGAACACCAUCCCUGUCCAUCCUGGCUAAUAGCUAUUGAGGGACCCAUUUUCCAUGAACUUAUCUAGCUCUUUUUUGAAUCCUGUUAUGGUCUUGGCCUUCACAACAUCCUCUAGCAAGGAGUUCUACAGGUUGACUGUGUGUUGAGUGAAAAAAUAUACUUUUGUUUGUUUUAAAUCUGCUGCCUAUUAAUUUCAUUUAGUGACCACUAAUUCUUGUAUUAUGAGGAGUCAAUACCACUUUACUCCACACCACUCACGAUUUUAUAGACUUCUAUCAUAUCCCCUAUACUUAGUCAUCUCUUUUCCAAGCUGAAAAAUGACCCGUAUGAUAGUCUUUGGUAUAAUGCAAUGGAGAUGGUUAGAUAUGUUUUUACAGACUUCUAAUAAAUUUAUA